AUGCUCGCGCCGGGACCCCCUCAUCACCGCAUCCGUCUCAUUCUCGGCAUCAUCGCCAUCGUCGCUCUCCUCGCCUACUCGACCCCCGCUUUCAAGAUCAGACUCGCCGAGAUGGCCUCCUCCGCCGCUGUCACCGCCGACCCCAUCCCGCAGCUCGCCGUGACGCUGGCGCAAGUCCCGGGCGCGCACCCGCCGACGCUGCGCGCCACCAUCACCAACAACAACCCCUUUGCCGUGUGCCUUCUCGACUACGACUCGCCCGUCGACGCGCUCGCCAUCGCGCUCGGGCUAGUCGAGCUCACGCCCAGCUCGCCCGCCGACGCCGCGCCGGUCCAGCCCGUGGACCCCAUCCGGCCCAACCGCCCAUGGCCGCCCAAGGUCGACUACUUGGUGGAGGUGCCUGGCGGCGGCGGCGCGGUGGUCUCGGAGGACAUUGCCCUGCGGGCGGCCUACGUGCCGUACGGGGAGCUGGGGGCUCGGUUCUUUGCGCGGAUGAGGGGCCCGUGGCGCGCGGUGGUGGCGAUGCGGAAGAGCGAGAUCACGGAGGAGUUUCUGGAGCGCAUCCCGGAGAGGCCGAAUACGUACCAGGGCACGUACGAGUCGGAUAGGAUUGAGAUUACGGUGGAUUCGGCAGCGGCGGAGCUGAAGUGA